UCCAGAGUGAGGAUACUCAGACCAAGGCAGCUCAGGAAGUGAGUAAAAUCUUACUUGAGCCUUCAAGCUUCCUUGUGAGUUCUCCACGUUCCCAGCGUGCUCACACUAGCCAAAGAGAUUGCAGUGUGGAACCAACUCCGUCUGAAUGCUUGGUUAAGGCAUUCGACCUUGUCAAUUCCGUCAUUGAUGGAAUUUGCGAACAUCUGGAUUCUACAACAACACCAGAUGGUUUGAAAGAAACACGGUCUGAAGCUUUGGGUUGGAUGGAAUCAGGUGUUGAUGUCCCUGAGGAGAUUCUGUGGUACACUGUGUGUAGUAUUUACAACAGUGCCAUGAGACACCUCAGGGAUUUUUCUGCAGUGUAUCAGCAGAAACCACCUAAGGUCAAUCCUUUAGAGAUCAGUGUUGGGGGAAGUGUUGGUAAGAAAUCACACCUUGAAAGACCAUCAGUGAUCGAUGAACACGAGCCACCCAAGAACAGAGAGAGGGUUUCAAUGGCCUCUUUACUGGACACCAUGAUGGCCUCCCUGGGUUUACAGAGCUCAGGUCCUUUUAACUCUCUUGAGGAGUUAUCUGCAGCAGCAGAAAGAGUGGAGGACCUGUUUUCGACCACAGCCACUGAGGAGAUUGCCAAAAUGGUGCAGCUCAUACUGACAGACAGAUUAAGUUCUCUGAACGUGUCAGUGUCUGUUCUACAGCACUACCCUUACCUACAACGACCCUUUGCUUCGGAGUUUCUUGUUGAAUUUGCAGACAAGCCGGUGAAAUGUUUGCUCAGGUCAUGCAUUGCUCCUCAACCAGCUUCAACCACUGCUAACGACAUUCCAAGUCUGGUGAUGCCCUUCAGAGUCACUCCUGAGAGUUUUGAGAUCUCAAGACCCCCAUCUGAGGUGUUUGCUGACACAAUGGAUCCGUUCUCCAAAGUAAUCGUGAACAGUGUGAUGGACAAAGUGCCAGCACUUCACCGCUCCAUCAUUGAAGCUGUGUACGCAGAGCUUCUUCAGAGAAUGAGAUCAGAAAAUCAGCUCAUUGAAACAGUAAAAGCCCAGAGUGAGCUGUUGACAGGAUCUCUGGCUGUUUCCAUUGUCAGGGCAAUUAAGAGUGCAGACCCUAAAGACUUGUACCGUCCUGCCUCGGAUCAUGCCAUCCUCGCAACUUGGCGGGUUCUUCAGACUCGGGCACAGUCAGCAGCAACUUCAUCAGACCUGACAAAAGAAGCGAGCUCGAACGAUCAGAAAGAGCUGAUUGAGAGAAUUCUCAGAGAGUUCUCUGCAUCCUCUAGUGCUGCAAAGCUGGAGGAAGUUCUAACAGGUAUGUUUCUUGAGCUCUUUCAAAGAUUUGGUGAGGAAGGUUCUCUGCACAAAGCUUUGGACCCUCAAGACUCUGCAAUUGACGAGGCCCUGAUGACUGCCUUACGGAGGCAUCUAGAUGCAGAUGCUUCAACUGCAGGGCCCAAAACAAAAAGGCAUGAACUUGAAGCUAAAGAACAUCUUCCAUCUCAAGAUGCCAAAACUCAGCAUCUUCAAAAAGAAAUCCAGAAAGGACGAUAAUGCUGGUCAAUCUUCAGAUCAGGACCAUUUGCAGAGUCGCCGCACUGCUGAUAUGAGUGGAUCCAAGAGUGUGUCAAAAAAGGAGAAGCCUAGGAGAGCGUCCAUUUGUUCCAGGAUGUUCUGCUGGUUUAGGAAAAUCAGCUGCCUUGGGCCCCUUUAAGCUCAUUCAUUUCCAUUAAGAUCUUCAUAAUCUCUCUUCGUGCUCCCGUCAGGCCGAAUCCUGCCAGAACACAAAAUCACCUAUCACUGUUCUCCUGACGACACCCAGGUUUACUUCACUCUCUCACCAAAAGACUGUGGUCCCAUAGAUACUUUGUGUCGGUGCUCAGAGCAAAUCCAGUCGACCAGAGGAGGAUGGGUUCCCCUUUUGAGUCUUGGUUCCUCUCAAGGUUUCUCCCUCUUGCUCUUAGGGAGUUUUUCCUUGCCACCGUCGCCCUCGGCUUGCUCAUUUGGGGCUCGGACCUGGAUUUUCUCUGAACCUGCUUUGUGACGCUCGUUGUAAAAUGUGCUGUAGAAACAGAUCUUAAAAUGAGUUAAAGGAUCUGUCAACAUUUCCUCCAGAUAAAUCAACACAGAAGUUGUAUUACUUGGCAAUGAAGAGGAAAGACUGAAGGUCAGUGCAGACUUCAGAGCUCCAGUAUCUAAAGACUAAGUCAGAAACCUGGGUGUACCAACGGAUCCAAAUUAAAGCUUUAAUCCAGCCUGAAAUUUAGUUUUAAGUUUAAAUUCCCCAAUCAAUGCAGGAUGUCAGCCUUCACCUGUUUAAUCCUAAAACUCUGUUUCUUUACAUAGACUGUAUUCAACAUGUAGCAGAAACAGUUUUGGCCAAACCAAUGAAAUAUAAAAGUCCUUCUGUGGCUCUAAACCAGCUCGCCUGCUGCUUGAAGCUGGAAUUGGCUGCCAGAAGAUCUCAGAUUUGCCCCUAAUUCGUCUUUAAAUCUUUAAAGUCAGACUCUUCUUUUUAUCUUCUGCAUCUUUCAUACUUUCCAUUUAGACUUUGCACUUCUUUUCAGUUCAUUUUAGUUUUUUGUUUCCCCCUUAUUUUAUUGUACUGUUUAUGUUUUGUUUUUAUUCAUCACUUUGUAAAGCACUUUGAACUGCCCUUUUAAAAUAAACGUGUAGUAAAUAAAUUUGCCUCCUGAAAUCUUAAUUAAACCUUCAAAAUCAUGAUUGACAUGAGGAGAAAAGGUUUUUACCUUCUGUUUACAUCAAAACUGUCUGUGAAAAACAAAGUCAUAUGCGAUUUGGGUCUGUCUGUCUGUCUAUUUAUCUAUCUAUAUAUGUAUUUAUCUGUCUAUCUAUAUAUCUAUCAAUCUAUCUGUCUCUUUGUUUAUUUAUCUGUCUAU